UUGCAAAUACUCUUCAUUACUCAUUACCAGCUGUUUCAUCUCCACUAUCAGAACCUUCCCCUUCAUUUCUUCUCUAUCCUACUUCCACUAUAUAUACACAUUACACAACUCCCCUCACCAUCAACCCAUUCACUUCCAAGUUUCAACCCACCAAACAAAACACCACAUUUCUCAAAUCUCAUAUCAUAAAAUUACAAUAUAAUUAAGAAAACAAAUAAUAACAAUUAUAAGAAAAACAGUAAUGGAAAGUAAAUCAGUAAUCUUAAUUCUUUUUGCUUCUUUAAUCGCUACUGCUUCUGCUGGAAACUUCUACAAAGAUUUUGACAUAACAUGGGGUGAUGGCCGUGGCAAAAUUCUGAAUAAUGGAAACUUGCUUACUCUGUCCCUUGAUAAGACUUCUGGGUCCGGCUUCCAAUCUAAGAAUGAAUAUAUUUUUGGUAAGAUUGACAUGCAGCUUAAGCUUGUACCUGGCAAUUCCGCUGGAACUGUUACCGCUUAUUAUUUGUCAUCACAAGGCCCAAAUCAUGAUGAGAUAGACUUUGAGUUCUUGGGGAACGUAAGUGGACAGCCUUACACUCUGCACACCAAUGUAUUUAGCCAAGGUAAAGGUGGCCGGGAACAACAAUUCAAACUAUGGUUCGACCCAACUGCCAAUUUCCACACAUACUCCAUCCUUUGGAAUCCCCAAAGAAUCAUAUUUUCGGUAGACGGAACUCCAAUCAGAGAAUUCAAGAAUUCAGAAUCAAUUGGUGUAGCCUUCCCAAAGAAUCAACCAAUGAGAAUAUACUCAAGCCUUUGGAAUGCCGAUGAUUGGGCAACCCAAGGUGGGAGAGUGAAAACAGACUGGUCUAAAGCCCCAUUUACAGCAGCAUACAGAAACUUCAAUGCAAAUGCCUGUGUUUGGUCUAAAGGAAGAUCGUCUUGCAAAUCCAGCUCUGCAGCUUCAAAAACUAAUAAUGCGAAUUGGUUUACACAAGAAAUGGAUAGUACAAGCCAAGCUAGAAUGAAAUGGGUUCAAAAGAAUUAUAUGAUCUAUAAUUAUUGUGCUGAUACUCAAAGGUUUCCUCAAGGUCUUCCUAAAGAAUGCAGAGCAGCUUAAGUGGAUGAUAGUACUGUGUUUACACUCAAGUAUUAGAACAUGGAUUUGUUUUCUUGGUAUUGAAUGAAUGUAUUUAUUGAUUCUUUUAUUAAUUCAUUUAUUAGAUCACAAUAUAUUAUAUUUUUUGGUUUUUUUAUGAAUAAACUUAUUACUACACUAUAUAAGAUAUGAUAAUAGUAAUAAAAUUUAUUAUUUGUUAUAA